AUGGCCGGUCCAUAUGACCUUGGUUCCGUGAUGCAGGGCCAGGAGCGGGUCACGACUCUUCCGCUGGUUGGCAGUGCUUCAAGCCUGGCUGCGAGCGGCACGCGCCGCACGGGUGUCAAUGACCCGCUGAUAGGACAAAGGAGUGGCUUGUCAGCCCGGGACAUACUGAAGCUUCGGGAGCUCUACGGCUGCGGGCCGCUUCCAAGCUCUGAGAUUCAGGAAAUUUGUCUACAGCUCCUCACUUCUUGCCCUGCGAAUGGCCUUGAAGGCCUCAGCCCAGAGGAAAGAUGGAUGUCAGAGCACUGCUCUGCUAUAUGUCAAGGUCUUGAGCAUCAAUUCCUCAGCUUCCGCUUUGACUUCAUCACGCCAGGCUUUGACUUGCAGAAGUUGGAGCACCGGACGAAGCUGGGUCAGGGCUUUGCAGCUGGCAUCGAACAAGCCUUGGCUGCGAACACCACCGUAGAGGUCUUACCCACUGGAGCCACCGCACAAGUCACUUGUGGCUGUUAUGGUGCAUUUGGUGGUACUUGUCGAAGUUGUCCUUCGCUGAAGGCUUUGCUGCGUCGAAGCAGCAUGGAAACCCUCCAGGGGUGGCUGCAGCAAGUGGGCUUCUCGCAGCUCCGGGUGACCACCUUCAGUGUGGAAGAUCAAGAUGCCGUCACCUGGAUGAUGGAGGAUGGUGGGUUUCAGAUUGGUGUUUGUUUUGUUGGCACGAUUUGUGCUGCAUUUGCAGUGAUGCAGGCUGCAUGGUACUGUUGGUGGACGCGGAAGCUGACAGUGCCGCUUGACGGGGAGCUUACUGAAUAG